UGGUUUGUCUACACAAACACAUUUGCUGUUCAGCUCUUUGUUUUUGGAUUAUUUUUGUAAACUGAUCCGUACCCGUAUACAGCUCUAUGGUGGUAUCCCUGUAAUUUUUCCUUUCAUAUUUUGAGACAUUGCAGUGACGAUGAAGAUUGCAUCAUUCAACGCAAAGAACUUUGGAGAGAAAAAAGUCAAGGACAAAAAUGUCAUGAAAUACUUCAUUGAGAUUAUAUCUCGUUACGAUGUGAUUGUGAUGCAGGAGGUGAUGGAUAAGAACAACAAGGUCAUGGGCCAAGUUCUCAAAAAGCUCAACGACACCAGGUGUAACAGAGAUCGGCCAUUCUCCCUUACUUCCAGCAGCCGUCUAGGUCGAGACACCUACAAGGAGCAGUAUGUCUGCCUGUACAGAGAGUGUGAGGCUGCACUGGUAGAUCAGCACCAGUAUGAAGAUGAGCAAGUUGGAGAUGAGGAUGUUUUUGAAAGGGAACCCUUUAGCCUGCUUUUCAGGUGUCCUGCUGCAGUUGUGAAAGACUUCGUACUGAUCACAGUCCACACUAAGCCAAAAGACACACUGGAGGAACUGGAGGAGCUGAAUGAUGUGGUCGACAAUGUCAAGGAAAACUUCGGAACUAAUAACAUAAUGAUCAUAGGGGACUUUAAUGCAGAUGGACGUUACAUCAGUUUAAAGAAGCUGAACAAACUCCCCAUCCGCCAUCCUCCGUACCACUGGCUGAUUGGUGAUGACAUCGACACCACUUCAAGUAACUUAAAUGACCACACCUACGACAGGAUCGUGGUGUACGGAGAUGCUAUGCUUAAAGCUGUCGUUCCCAAUUCAGCUAAACCUUUUAAUUUCCAGGAAGAAUUCGACCUGUCUGAUGAAAUGGUUCGCCAUAUCAGCGACCACUACCCGGUGGAGGUGGAGCUAAAGACAGUAAAACGAAAGACACUGGCUGUGCCCAGGAUUAGAAAGACAACACCCAAAACUACAGCGGCACGUGGGAAAGGACCACAGAAGAAGAAGCCCAAAGGAAAGCCCCCCAAAACACAGAAUGUGAUGGGACAGAAGAAGGGAACAAAGAGAAGACGUCUGGAAAACUAAUACAUGUUAAAAGCUUUAUUACUGACACUAUUACAUUAACAGUAAUCCAUGCAUUAAAGACCAAUAAAGAUGGAGCAUUUCUAUCUUCUGUGAUGUAACACAUCCGAGUGAGUGUCAGAAGUCAUCACCUUCAGUAUUUACAUGUUUGAGUAAAUGACCAAAAUGUUGCUUCUUCUAUCAAAUCAAAUAAAGGAAUGAGCCUAAAUCCAAAUUUGG